AUGACGAUGGGACUCGAAAUAGGAACAAACUCGUCCAAAAUAAAGAUAUUUGGGCUUCUGAAGCGAAUUAGUGUGGAAAUCUGUUCAUGUUUUCAGGUGAUCGUUCCGCUGCCACAAAAUUCGUACCCGAAGAAGCGAAAGAACCCGAAGAGAGUAAGCCACGAAUUCGACGUGGACUAUACAACAUGAGUAUUCAUCAGNNNNACUACAACAUUCCCGAACCAGUAUGUAAAGUGCGAAAUCUUGAACUGGGCAAAUCGUAUCAAUUCCGAGUCAGAGCCGAGAAUAUCUACGGAAUUUCCGAUCCAUCACCAGCCUCUCCACCUUCAAGGUUAAUGGCACCACCCCAACCAGUGUUGGACAAGAACAAGAAGGUGAUUCCCCUGCUCGACCCCUAUGCGGAAAAAGCUCUCGAUCUUGCUCAUGCAGAACAAUACGCCUGUGCCCCAUGGUUUGCUCCUGGAGUUGUCGAGAAACGAUACUGUGCGGAAAAUGAUACAAUUAUUAUAACCUUGAACGUUGUCGGUUAUCCUGAUCCUGAAAUCAAAUGGAAAUUCCGAGGAUGGGACAUCGAUACCAAGAGCCCCACAUCACAAUAUAAAAUCUACAAUAUUGGAGGCACGGAAACCACUUUG